CUAAAACUACCCAAGCACCUAUGUUGUGAAUUCAUUUGACUAUUUUUCCAUAUUUUUACGUUUAACUCUAAACUUUUUCAGUUAAUUCUUUCAAAUUCAUGAUGGAAAUUAUGGAGGUAAUGUCUAUUCAUGUAGCAUUGCCUGUAAUUGGGGUUUUGAUUUGUGCUUUUCUUGUUUUUGCGUUUGGAUUUCGAUCCCCAGUCCAACCUCCCAGUUUUCAUUUCUCAGAAGAUAAGAAAAACCAGAAGAAAACUAAAAAAACUAAGGGUAAAGGACAGACCAAUGGUCAUGUUGUUCAGGUAAAAGAAGAAACACCUAAAACAUUGACACCGAAAUCUUCACGACAAAACACCAGUAAUAAACCCAAAUCACCAACUAAUGAGAAAAAGAACAAGAAAUCAGAGAAAUCUAGUAGAACUGUAAGUGAGAAACUAAAACUAAAACAAGAGGAAGUUAUACAAGAUGAUAUGGGAUGGAGUGUGGCUAUAUCCAAGAAGAAAGAUAAAAUAAGAAGUAAGAGAGAAGAAAGAGAGAAAGAAUCAGAAGGGGAGAAUAAACUGACUCUUGAAGAUAUUGGAUUUGAUUCUAAACCAGAAGAUAUACCAGCCGAGGUUCCAACUGCUCAACAAGAAACUCCCCAGGAACAGAGAACAUCCAAGAAAAAGAGACAAUCCAAGAAAUCAGAAGGUGAGACAGUAGCUGAGGAACCACCUGUAGAAGAUGUUGUCCCUACCCCACCAGAACCUACCCCAGACCAACCUGAGGUUAAAACAGAUGAUAAACCUGCCCCAGCACCAGCUAGUAAAAAAUCUAAAAAUAAAUCUGAAAAUAAGGAAGAAGAGAAGACUGAUAUAAAACCUGCUCAAGAGCCUGCACCUAAUAAAAAUACUAAGAAAAGUAAAAGUAAAAAAUUGAGCCCAGAUGCAGAGGAAUUUCAACCUAUGGUGUAUGAAAAUAAACCGAAAACACAGGCCAGUCCUAAAAAGCCUCGAAAUAAAAAUAGUUCCAACACUCAAGAGUCAGAAGAAGUGAGUAAAGAUGAAGAGAUAAAAGAAGUCAUUAAACCAGUUGUAAAAGAAAUAGAAGAAAAAAUAGUUGAACCUGUUGAAAAUAUAAUAAAAGAAGAAAAAAAUAAAUUAGAAGCCACUUGGCAAGAUGCUCCUAAAACUAAGAAGAAAAAAGCUCGAAGAGAAAAUUAGAAGUAUUUUUAUAUUUUAUGCAAAUAGAUAUAAACUAUUCCAUUAUUCUUGUCAUUGAAUCAAUCAUGAAUUCUAUCACCAUAACUUACAGUUGAUAUUUGAUAUUAGUUUAUUGAAGAAAGGGUAUUAUGUAAUAAGGCUGGGUGAUAAUUAAGAAUCUGUAUCAUAAGUUUUAUUGGUCUAGUGAAAGUAUUUUGUAAUAAGUCUAGGUGAUAUACAAAUAUCAGGAUAAAAUACUAAUUAUAUUAUUAUUAUUAGUUAUUGUAUCUUCAAUAAAUAUAUAAAUACCAAUCAAUGAUUAAUUCACUCCUAUAUACCCUUUAUCUUAUCUCUUAAUUAACAGAUGUCGUCCAGUAAAGGAUAUGAAAGCUAAUGUUAAUUGGAUAUUUCAGAAUAUUGCGUAAUGUAUGAUUUGAGAUUUGAAAAUAUAUAAAAAAUCACUGUAUUUU